AUGCACAGAGUAGCGCGGGUGGAGGAGCUGGAGGAGGAGCUGGGUAAGGCGAGGGAUGCGAGGGGAGGAGGAGAUGCUGGAGGAAGGGAUAUGGAGAGGCAUGGCUGGUAUCCGCAGAAGACGCGGGAGGGCUUCAUGGAGAGGACCGUCAGAUUAUCCCGCAAGUCCCCGCAGGCAUGCGGUGCCAUGUUAGGAUACCUCAUCUCAAGCACGCACAGGAGAAAGAGGUGGCAUAAGACGAAUGUCUUGCACUCGUCGGAAGAAGGAUGGAAGCUAGCGGCAGACAACCCGGAGGACAAAGUGUUCGAGGCUUCUAGCAGGACCCUGAGCGAGUUCCCAACGCAGUUCAAUCUACAUGCACCUGCCAGAAUCCUUCAUCUGUGGGGUGACCUGAGGCUUACAAGAAAGAUGAUCAUGAUUCUGCUCACGAGCAACCGCUCUCGUGUUGGAAUGCUCGAGCGAAGUCUGGCAACGGCCUCGAACAAGCAAGACGCCAGGACGGCAGAGCUGGAGCUCAAGGAAACGGAGCUAGAGCUGGAAGCCAUGGAGCGUCAGUCGGAGAGGCUGAAACAUUUGAUCGAAGCAGCAGAGGAGAGAUUUGUAGACGGUCCUUUGAUUCCUCCUCUUCUGUUCCAGGAGCUGCAGGGAUGCGAAUGGCCGCUAGGGAGGGCGAUCGGGGAUGACAAGGACUUUGUUUUCAGCAUGAGCACCUCGCAGCUUGAAGAGGUCCUGAAGGAGGUGCUGAGAGGCAUGAAGGCAGCCAGGACGGUAGAGAACUCUCCGACGACUCGGACUCGACGGGGGAAGGAGAGGGCAGCUGCAGAAAUGAGGUACGACUCGCAGGACCAUGGGGGAUUCUUCGAGAGGGAUGAGAUGGAGGAUCAUAUCGUGGGGACCCUGUCGAGCAUGUACGAUGCCGCGAUCCCGCUGCAAGCUCUAGCGCGGCGCUACCUUGGGGUGCAGGAGAGCAAGAGGAGGAGAGAGAGCUACAAGGUGGAGGAUGAGAAGAUCAAGUUGAUACAGUCCUUCACCAGGAGGAUGAUCGAAGGGUUCAGAGGACGAGAGCUCCUGCUCGAGCUGCGGAGGAAGGCAAGGCUGGAGCAGCUGGGAGCCGACACUCAGAUUCUGGACAUGCUCGCCUAUGCCGAGGACGGAGACUCCUUCACAGUACCCAAGGGAGAACACUUCCCAAAAGUGACGAACCUCUCGGAAGAUGUGGAUAAUCUUCAGAGGGAGAUACGAGUCGUGUCAGCUGCGGGGAUUCGGGAGGGAUCGGUGAUAGUGGUGGGGCGGGAGAUGAUGGAGGUAUGCGAGAAGCACGGGGAGGCGCUGAUUGUGAGGCGAAAACCGCCCAAGAUGCUGUGGGAGAUGCUACAGGUAUACAACAAGCUCCAAGAAUGCACGUCGAAGGAGGAGUGCGUGCGCGGACUGUGGGAGAAAUUCAUCAGCAUCGCUCGGCACUACAACUCUGCAGCCACUGCUCUGACUGAGUCGGACUGGAUCAAUGGGGUGAAAGCCUUGCUGGGUUAUGAUAGAGAUGCCCAAGUGCAGAUUUUUCGCGCCCUGCUGAGGCAGCAACAUGGCUCCGUAAAUGACAUCGUCUUCUCUAAGAUUUUCAAUCGGCAAGUUGAGAAUCCAGCAGAAGAGCUUGAACAAGACUCUUAUGUCUACACCCCGAGAGAAUUCGAACAGAUUGCCGAGAAGAUGUUGGAAAUGUGGAGCAACAAGUUCUCCUUCGAGGACCAUGAAAGGGUCAACACGGAGGUGCCGAGCAGGAUUUUCUCGAUCAAGAUCCUUGAUCUCAUCAUUCAAGAGAUUGACGAGUUUCUGCAGACAGGUGUUUCUUUGAGAGAAGAUGUGAUCGUCGCAUACUUCAAACGUGCUGUUCAAGAAGUCUACAACAAGAGCUUUCCAAGGACACUUUCUUGCUCCCAGUGGCAUCAGGUCUUCAAGGACGUCGAUGAGGAAUGUGAGGAAGUGUGCCCACAUCCAGCAGAGUCGAUUGUGCGCGCAGAGGCUGAGAUAAGGGUCGACAAGGCGAUCAGAAUCUCUUCUGAGAAGGAUGCCACGUUGCAUUGUUGUCUCAAGUUGGAGUGUACGGAUGUCAAGGUGAACAAUGAGGCUGCAAGGAACAAUCAGGUCUCAGACAAUGACAGGUGUACAAGAGGAGCGUGCGUCUGCGCCAUGGCCACACGACACAGAAGGCCCUUGAAACUCGUCGACAAAGACAGCAACGAUGUCAUGUGGAAACUCCCGUCAAAAGAGAAUGACCCAAAGAUGACUCGUUCGUUAAUGGAGCUUGAGGACGAUGACACUGGCGAUCACUGGACAAAGUUGUGCACGACUUGCACUCCUGAGUUACAGGUCUUGCACGGGAUAUUGAAAGGAGCAGAGCUGGAUCUUGGGAGGAACCUGGGAGAUCUCAAGAUGCCGACUGGAAGCGAAUGGAGAACUCUUGACGACGACAGCGAGAGAAAGUAA